AUGAACCAGUCCCGUUGGGGAUUUGUUGGUGAUCUCAGACGAGACUUGCAGGUUGGUGAAAUCCGACCAGGCCUUAUCUUGGGUUCACAAGAUGUUGCACAAUCUCUAGAAACCCUUGAAAAAUACAGUGUCACUCAUGUCCUGAAUGUUGCUACUGGUGUUGAGAAUCUUUAUCCUGACAAAUUCACCUACAAAUCAAUCAAACUUUAUGAUCUGCCUGAUAGCAACAUCACUGUAGUGUUUGAUGAAGCGUUUAAGUUUAUUGAUGAAGGUCGAAAGUCUGGCUGUGUUCUUGUCCACUGCAAUGCAGGCAUCUCAAGGGCAGCAUCUAUCAUAAUCGGCUACCUUAUGAAGACAGAGAAAAUGUCCUUUUCAGAUGGUUUUUGGUAUGUUAAGGGCAAGCGACCAGUCAUUCAUCCAAAUGCUGGUUUUGUUGACCAACUAAGAGAUUAUGAGUAUUUCCUCAAAAUUUGA